UUUGCGAUCUAUCUCCUCACUGCCUCCGGAUGGCUUGCACUCAGCUACGGGUAGUGAGGCAAACGACAAAUUAUUUAUUGAAGUUGUCAAAAUAGACUCUUCCUUUGAUCUGUGGUCUUCUGCCAAAGUAGAGUGUCCUCUUGCGUUACCUGCGCAACCUAGUCCCAAGUCAAGAGUUUCUUCCAGGUGUCGUUUUUCAACACGCUCUUUCUUUAGUUUCGACGAGAGCAAGGAGUUACGUUUACUCAUAAGCCGAAGACGCUUGGUAAGAGUUUUAACAGCGACAGGAAGCUUUUUCUUCGCAACACGGGUAGUUUUCCUGGAAUAACGUUUAUGUUUCUAGUUACUAUUUUCUUCAAAGCAGCAAGGUCAACCGUAACAGGUUGAGAUCGUCAAUCAUUUAACAAUCAACUUUAAUAUUAAUAAAUCGUUUUUUUUUUAGGUCAUUUUUUUUUUGUACGGUAUUGCAAACGUGAGGACACCUUUACCUUUCAUAAUUCCAUAUAAUUUGCCACUCUAAGCAACGUUUAAAUUUUGCAUGACUACUCGAAGCCGAACAUGGCCACUCGAAGCCAAUGAGAAUCAUACUUUGCUUUGUAACUCGGAGCAACAUUUAAAAAAAAUGCGUGGCCAUUCGGAGCCGGAUAUGGCCACCCAGAACCAAUGAAAAUCACUCGAGAUUCUCUGUAAUGUGCCACUCGGAAUGGCCACUCGGAGACAAUAAGAAUCAUUCGAGAUUCUUUGUAAUGUGCCACUCGGAGCAACAUUCAAACAUGAUUUCACGGCCACUCGAAGCCGGAAAUGGCCGCUCGGAGCCAGUAAGAAUCACUCGAGAUUCUCUUUAAUGUGCCACUCGAAGCAACAUUCAAAUAUAAUUUCACGACCACUCGAAGCCGGAAAUGGCCGCUCGGAGCCAAUAAGAAUCACUCGAGAUUCUCUGUAAUGUGCCACUCGGAGCAACAUCAAACAUAAUUUCACGGCCAUUCGAAGCCGAAAAUGGCCGCUCGGAGCCAAUAAGAAUCACUCGAGAUUCUCAGCAAUGUGCCACUCGAAGCAACAUUUAAAAAAUACAUUUUUCACGGCCACUCGAAGCCGGAAAUGGCCGCUCGGAGCCAAUAAGAAUCAUUCGAGAUUCUUUGUAAUGUGCCACUCGGAGCAACAUUCAAACAUGAUUUCACGGCCACUCGAAGCCGGAAAUGGCCGCUCGGAGCCAGUAAGAAUCACUCGAGAUUCUCUUUAAUGUGCCACUCGAAGCAACAUUCAAAUAUAAUUUCACGACCAGUCGAAGCCGGAAAUGGCCGCUCGGAGCCAAUAAGAAUCACUCGAGAUUCUCAGCAAUGUGCCACUCGAAGCAACAUUUAAAAAAAUACAUUUUUUCACGGCCACUCCAAGCCGGAAAUGGCCGCUCGGAGCCAAUAAGAAUCAUUCGAGAUUCUCUCGGUCACUCAAAGCCGGAAAUUGCCGCUCGGGGCCUAUGAGAAAAAUUCGAGGUUCUUUGUAAUGUCCCGCUUGGAGCAACUUUCAAACACAGGUUUGUUUUUUUUUUUACGGUCACUAGAAAUGGCUAGGUUUUUUUUAAAAUCUAGAUCUAAUCCAACAUAAUUCAAUUUCGAAUUUGGGAGAUCAUUAAUUGUUAAAAGGGAAAAAACCAUUUUAUUCCACAACCAAAAACAAAAUGGCUAACCUAUGAAUUUUUUCGUUCGUCUCGUUUUGUCUUACUCGGUUCAAUUCGGUCUAAUUUUUCCAAAUGAAUUUGCUUACUUGAACAUGAAUUAUUUUAUCUAGUCGAAAUAGAAAAAAAAGUAAUUCCGAAACAACACAGUUAUAAUCAAACAUUAUUUUUAUUAGUAGUCUUCCGAACAUUAUCAAAAACAAAAUGGCUACCGAUGCUGUAGCUUUUUUUCACCAUUUUGGUUAUAAAAAUGUCUACCUAACAUAAAAUAUAAAUCACAUUACUAGGUUCAAUUCAGUCUAGCUUUCUCAAAUGAAUUUACUUACUUGGGAGCAUGGACUGUGCCAUUGUCGAGUCCGGAGGAUUCGUCACUAGACAUUUCGGUGAUUUUUUACUUUCUGCAAAGCACGUCUACACUUUCCACAAAGCACGUCUACUCUUCACAACUAUGCUCUAUUAACUGAGUUCUUUUCCGUUCGAUUUUCAUCUCAUCAUGUUGCUCUCUCUCACAUUUACACACAUAAACACGAUCUGUUUUACACUCGCAUUCAUAGUUUAUUUUGCAACCGUUGUAUGAUUCUAUUGGUAGUGGUUAGGUCUCAAUUGGAUUCUAAAUGGAUUUCUGAGAGGGAGCUUUUCCGAUUGAAAUAAUUCUUUGUCUUACACGCUUCGGAUAGAAUAAUGAAAGCUGUUCGUUGUUUAUCAAAAAUCUCUGUUUAAAGUUAUUCAAAGGAAUAAAUUCGAUAUUUUCGAUUGCUCUGGUAUCUCGCUUUUAUUAUUGUAUUCUUGUAUCUUAUAUUCUCUACACUGGAAACGUUCAGCAAUCCAAAUUUUUGCUGGAAACCAGCAAUCGAUUUUCUUAUUGCUGGAUUUUUCAGCAUUCGGUUGUGUUCUUGUCAUUUUUGCUGGAAAAUCAGCAAUCGGUUUUCAAAUUGCUGGACUUUCCAGCAAUCGGUCUAGUUUGCUGGAAAAUCAGCAAUCGAGUUGUCAAAUUGGAGUCUGUUUGUUUUCGUACGCUGAAGCAAGGUAAGACUCUUUUUCACGAAUUUUGUUUAUGUUAAUACUAUUUUUUCAUUUUCCUCUAUAUUCUAGCAACCAGACAUCAAGUCAAGGGUGGCGGAUGAUUAUCACAUUGGCACAAAGCUGCCACCCCGGAGGCGGUAUUGCAUUCGGUUGUGUUCUUGUCAUUUUUGCUGGAAAAUCAGCAAUCGGUUUUCAAAUUGCUGGACUUUCCAGCAAUCGGUCUAGUUUGCUGGAAAAUCAGCAAUCGAGUUGUCAAAUUGGAGUCUGUUUGUUUUCGUACGCUGAAGCAAGCAACCAGACAUCAAGUCAAGGGUGGCGGAUGAUUAUCACAUUGGCACAAAGCUGCCACCCCGGAGGCGGUAUUGCAUUCGGUUGUGUUCUUGUCAUUUUUGCUGGAAAAUCAGCAAUCGGUUUUCAAAUUGCUGGACUUUCCAGCAAUCGGUCUAGUUUGCUGGAAAAUCAGCAAUCGAGUUGUCAAAUUGGAGUCUGUUUGUUUUCGUACGCUGAAGCAAGCAACCAGACAUCAAGUCAAGGGUGGCGGAUGAUUAUCACAUUGGCACAAAGCUGCCACCCCGGAGGCGGUAUUGCAUUCGGUUGUGUUCUUGUCAUUUUUGCUGGAAAAUCAGCAAUCGGUUUUCAAAUUGCUGGACUUUCCAGCAAUCGGUCUAGUUUGCUGGAAAAUCAGCAAUCGAGUUGUCAAAUUGGAGUCUGUUUGUUUUCGUACGCUGAAGCAAGCAACCAGACAUCAAGUCAAGGGUGGCGGAUGAUUAUCACAUUGGCACAAAGCUGCCACCCCGGAGGCGGUAUUGCAUUCGGUUGUGUUCUUGUCAUUUUUGCUGGAAAAUCAGCAAUCGGUUUUCAAAUUGCUGGACUUUCCAGCAAUCGGUCUAGUUUGCUGGAAAAUCAGCAAUCGAGUUGUCAAAUUGGAGUCUGUUUGUUUUCGUACGCUGAAGCAAGCAACCAGACAUCAAGUCAAGGGUGGCGGAUGAUUAUCACAUUGGCACAAAGCUGCCACCCCGGAGGCGGUAUUGCAUUCGGUUGUGUUCUUGUCAUUUUUGCUGGAAAAUCAGCAAUCGGUUUUCAAAUUGCUGGACUUUCCAGCAAUCGGUCUAGUUUGCUGGAAAAUCAGCAAUCGAGUUGUCAAAUUGGAGUCUGUUUGUUUUCGUACGCUGAAGCAAGCAACCAGACAUCAAGUCAAGGGUGGCGGAUGAUUAUCACAUUGGCACAAAGCUGCCACCCCGGAGGCGGUAUUGUGAAACAUACCGGUCAAUCAAAUGGAGGAUUGUCGAUUUCCAAUGUUUUUAUAUCGACAGCAAACACAACAGAAAAAAUUGCUUUACUUUACGACCAGGGAGAUAGCAAAAACUGUUGGGCCCCAAACAUUGUUGGUUGUCAAAUUCAAUGACAAAAAGGAUACGGAUGUCUAGACGACCACUUCUGGUACUGAUUCACGUCUUCGUGCAGGCCAACCUCGAGGGAGCGAAGAGGGAAUCGAGACUGUAAGAAAAAAAUAUGUCAAUCUUUUAUAAUUACUUUGCAAUGUGAAAAACUAUUUAUGUACAGUGAAAAACUUGGAUUUUUAAAA